AUGCCCCAGCCCACAUGCAAGACGGGAAAACAUGGCUGCCAGGACGGGAAAGGGGGAUUCGAGGAGAAGAAGGAGAAGGAGAAGGAGCCGAGCGACGCAGAUGCUACUGUUGUGGGAAUUGCUUUCCUCGCCGCAGCCGUGGGCCAUCUCAAUGCAAUGCGCCCCUUUCCGCUUUCCCGCUUUCCGUGCCUGCGUGCGCUUGUCGCUGGUGCUGGUGCUGGUGCCGGUGCCGGAGGAUAUCGAUACCAGCAACAGCUCUCGUCUGGCAAUGGCAUCGAGGAUUAUUCUAAGUGUGGGGCCGUUUUGUCGCUCGGGGGCCUUGCGUGGGUCGUGUAA